GUUCAGUCAAGCUGUGAGCUCCGCGUGUAAUAGUCACCCUAGUGAGAGCCAUUAUUACAUUUUUUCACCAAAAACUUGAACAAAAACCGCGAUUCGCGUGUUUAGCAAUGUUCCCCAAGUGAUAAUAUCUACAGUGCUAAUUCGAAAUGAUUAACGCGUUUAUGGACACUGGCCAUCAUCAUUUGGCUUCUUACGGCCUAAAAAUGUCACCAGGACAUAAUGGUGGUGCAGGAAGUCUUCCGUCGCCUCAUCAGAAUCCUGCUGCAGCUAUGACGGCGCCAGAAGUUGGACCAGGUCACCAGAAUCACUUCCAAAGUAACUACGGGCACGUAGGUCACCUCAAUCCCCAUGCUGGUUACGCCGCUAGAGAUUUUUUGUUGCGACGAGAUCAUCAUGAUUUUCCCACAGCUCAAACGGCUCCCAGUGAUCCCGUUCUAUUCCACCAUCACCCCGAAAUGCCUCCCCAUCACAAUCCACAUUUAACUCCUCAUCACCAAAUGUUAUAUUCAAGGACAGAUCACCACGCUGCCUACCAUCCCCAACCGAAUCAUCACCAAUACCUCAAUCCCCAUAUGGGCAUGCCGCAUCAUCCAACAAAUGUACACGGGGCUUUCUUUAGGUAUAUGAGACAACCUAUAAAACAAGAAAUGCAAUGUUUGUGGAUAGAUCCCGAUCAACCGCUACCUAGAAAAACGUGUGGUAAACAUUUUACUAGUAUGCAUGAAAUAGUGUCGCAUUUAACCGUGGAACAUGUCGGGGGACCUGAGUGUACGACUCACGCUUGUUUUUGGCAAAACUGUGCUAGAAAUGGAAGGCCUUUCAAGGCUAAAUAUAAACUGGUGAAUCAUAUUAGGGUCCAUACGGGGGAAAAACCUUUUCCGUGCCCUUUUCCAGGUUGUGGAAAAGUAUUCGCCCGUAGUGAAAAUCUCAAAAUCCAUAAAAGAACUCACACAGGUGAAAAACCGUUUAAAUGUGAGUUUGAAGGUUGUGAUAGACGUUUUGCUAAUUCAUCAGACAGGAAAAAACAUUCUCAUGUUCAUACAUCAGACAAACCGUAUAAUUGCCGUGUAGCAGGCUGUGAUAAAUCUUAUACUCAUCCCUCAUCAUUAAGGAAACACAUGAAGGUUCAUGGUUGUUCAGGAAGAUCACCCCAUCACUACGAGAGUGACGGUGAAGAAUCAAACUCAUCAUCAGCAGGAAGUAUAUCCGUAGCUGCUUCCCCACACGUCCAAUUACCAUCUCAGGUUCCUGGUACAACAUCAUUAAGUGAUUGGUAUGUCUGCCAGCCCACACCAGCUCCCCCCGAUCCAUUAGGUACUUUAGGACAUUUUGGAAACCUCCAUCAUAGUGGAGUUACUACUGCUUAUUAGUGUUUUAUCGAAUUUUUUUGUUUAUACUUUGGCUAAAGCACUUACGGGUAGGGGUGGUAAAGUGUCGAGUAUGCGAAUGUUUUUUUUUUUGAAAUUUUCAACAAUAUUUGACAUAAAUUACCGCCUUUUUGUAAAUAUUUUGUAUUACUACGAUAUCGAAGUUGUCCCAAAUAUAUUUUAUAAGAUAUCUUGAAAAUAAAAGGGAAUAAAGAAUU